GAGUUCAGCACAGGCUGCACUUCCUUGUUGGCGAGUUUAGAGAAAACGCGGGACGAGGCAAUUUUUCUCGAGCGUGUGUGUUACUCAGUGUCGAUUGUGUACGUAGCUGGAAAGCGCACAUAUAUAUAUAUGUAUAUUUAUAUAUAUUUGGGUUUUUAAGACCGUUUUUUUUUUUUUAAUCAAAUAAACAGUCAUGCCAAAAGUGGUUUCGCGAAGUAUUAUAUGUUCCGACACAAAAGAUCAAGAAGAGUAUAACGAGGAAAAACCUUUGCAUAUAUAUUAUUGUAUAUGUGGUCAGAUGACCCUAAUUUUAGACUGUGCUAUUGACAAAUUACCUCUGAGAAAGAGAGAUGGAGCCAGAGUUAUUGAUGGUAGUAAACAUGCUCACAAAAUGACCUCGGAACGAGAUGAGACUAUAUUUCUUAAACGUUCUGAAGGAAUUGAAAAACAAUAUAGGCAAAAGUGUAAAAAAUGUGGCUUAUUGUUAUAUUACAAACAUGAUCCGGAAGCAAAUAUAAUAUUUAUAGUAAAAGGCGCAGUGAUAAAAAGUUCUGGAGAAGGUCCUAUGACAGACAUUUACAAUCAAGUAGCUGUUGAGAAGCCUAAAAAGAUAAUGGUUACAAAACAUACUAAGAAUAUGGGAAAGUUCAGUUCUGUUACUGUAUCUACAAUUGAUGAGGAAGAAGAUGAAAUUGAAGCUAGAGAAGUUGCAGAUUCAUAUGCAAACAAUGCGCGCAUCAUAGAGAAGCAAUUGGAAAGAAAAGGUAUGAAUAAACGAAAAGCUGUACCAUCUACUGAAAUGGAUUCGAAGCGAGCAAGACCUAGAGGCACAUUACUAGAUGUUUGAUUUUCUAUUGAAAAUUAUUUUUAUAUCUCUGUGUACCUCUCCUAGUGUAUAUUUACUUAUAUUAGUACACUAAUUGACUUGUAUGUAUAUAUAUCGGUACCGUUAGAUAAUAUGAUUUAUAUUAGAUCAAUUGUGUGUGUGUGUAAGACAUAAAAAAAAAUUACAAAUUUUA